AUGGGUGUAAAUUCUUAACUAUUAACUUGUUUUUUCUAGUAUUACAGCUUAAAGGUUAAAGAGUUAUAAAAUUGAUCCUAGGCAUACAAACAUAUAUACAUUAGCAAAGGUAAAGUGGAGAUUGAAGAGGAAACUAUAGUAAUGGGUGUCUUAAUUAAAGUUUUCUGCAUAUGGGUAUAAUACAACAAUAUCCAUUUGCUGAGUUUCUGACAUCUUGGCAAGUCGUGGCAUUUUAAGAAUCUGAAUUUAAGAUUUUUGAUGCAAGAGAUUAAUCUAGUGAUUUGCUGUGGAAAAAACUUGCAGAUAAGAUGCUUUUUGAGUUACUUUUAGCAAGUGCAGUGGUGUGUUUAGCAUAUAACAUAUACAAGUACAUGGUCAGAAAAACCUUAGACCUUCAAGGACCCAGAAGUUUACCAAUCAUUGGAAACAUCCAUAGCUUUAUUCAAGAUGGAGGCCCAGUUUGGCAAGUUCAAAUAUGGGCAAAAGAAUAUGGUGAUGCAUUCAAAAUAAGCAUUCUUGGUGAAGAAAUUGUCAUACUGAGUGAUUAUGAUAGUAUUUAUGAGGCAUUGGUAGAAAGAUCAAACGAUUUUGCUGGAAGGCCUUACGAAAAUUCAUAUGCAAUAAAUAAGUGGUUUUCUCAUGGCAUAUUCACACAAGAUUUUACUCAAGGGUUUAGAGCAUACAAGAAACUAGGAUUACGUGGACUCAAACAGCAUGGGGAUGGAAUCAGUAGAAUUGUGAACAUAUCAAAAGAAAACAUUAGCAAUACAGUAAAGGAGUUCAAAGAAGAAAAUGGUCAACCUUUCCAGCCUCAUGACAAACUUCAAAAUCUGUUAUGCCGGAUCAUUAUAUGUGUGCUGCUUGGUGAAAAUACGCCCUAUAAAGAGGAUGACGGAGAAUUCGCUAGGAAAUGGUUGGAGGACCUCGAGGAGAAUUUAAGAGGGCCAUUUUUCUAUCUAAUAGAGAUGUUCCCAUGGACACGUUACUUUGGCAACCCUGUUUAUUCCACAUUGAAUGAAAUGAUAAAGAGCCGUAAUAAAACCUUCACGGAGUGGAUUGAAAGGUUCAAACAUUAUAAACAGGAAAGUGGUGAGAGGACACUUAUAAAAGAGUUAUUGGCCGCUAAGGAGGACGGCAAAAUGACAGAUGAUGGUAUUUUUGGAAUCAUGACUGAUACUUUCAUUGCAGGAAUUUUCACAACACGUACAACCACAUCCGGAUUCCUACUUGCAAUGAUGAACUUUCCUGACAUUCAAAGUAAGCUCCAUGAGGAAAUUGAUUGUGUGAUUGGCAAAGAACAGCUUCCGGAGCUAUCAGAUCGUGAGAAGAUGCCAUAUAUGGAAGCAACAAUUCUUGAAACGCUGCGUUACAUGUCGAUGGUCCCAACAAUCUUACAUAAAACAACUUGUGAUACCCAUAUAGCUGGUUGUGAUCUCCCAAAGAAUACACAGGUUUGGAUGAACUUAUAUGGCAUGCACCAUGAUAAACGUUACUUCAAACACAACCCAGAUUCCUUUGAUCCUACAAGAUUCCUGGACUCUGAUGGCCAUCUAGUUCCACAUGAGGAAAGAAAAGCGGUACUGGCAUUUGGAGCAGGUAGACGCGUCUGUAUGGGAGAAGUUCUUGCAAAAACCAGGGUGUUUCUCCUCUUAACACAGCUGUUACAAAACUUUUACUUCGAGCAAGCCGACCCUGAAAAUCCUGUCCUGUUUGAUAUGAGGAAAUUUAUAGCUGGGCCAGAUACUUUAAUCGCACCUAAAUUUAAGAUAGUAGCGAAACCUCGUUAGAAGGGGAUCAUACCAUGAUCUAUGUACUAUAGUGGCAAAGCCUUAUUAAAUAAGAGUAUAACCCGCCCUCGUCAUACCAUUAAAGUGAUCAUACACAUAAAGUAUCAUAGCCUCUUGAUACUUAUGGUAUCAAAGGUCUGGUUAGUACCUGUGUAAAAGACUUGUAUUAGACCAAUAAUAUAACAUUACACUGUAUUUCAUAAGACUUUGAAUGUACCAUGUAAGUAUAAAAACCACAGCAAAUCUUUAUUGAAAAUGUUAGUGAAGCUUCGAGUGAGGUGCAAAACUUUUUGUUAGCAAAAAGACAAAAUUAUUGUGAAAGUUGAAUUUUGGUAUCUGGACUCAAGUAAAAGAAUGGCAGAAUCACCAAAUGACAUGAUACAGAUAAUUUUGAUACUUAUAGCAAGUAUAUGGUUUAAAACCAUUGGUUUGGAACCUCAUCAUUUUUUUCACAAAGUGUGCCAGUAACUUUUUUCUCAGAGUUACAACUGGUUGUAAUAUAAUCUUGAAAAGCAUGUUAAUUGACAGAACAACUUUAUAUCAAAAGAUCAUGUAGUGGAAUAGUAUAUACUUUUAUAUAGUAUCAAACAAUGUACAACCAACCUGAAGAACAUGUUUAAGA